GGCGCGCGCAACAUCUGUGUUUUUUUUUUUUUUCAAAUAAUUCUCGUGAUCUCAUUUAUAGAAUUUUGCAAAGGUCAGAAUCCUAAGAGAUGUCCAAAGCCGACACCAUCCUUAAGCUGUUACAAGGCUGUAACUGUAUCAGAAGGCUUCACAAAAUCCAUGCACUCGUCAUCACUAACGGUCUCCAACACCACGGUGCCGUUUCCACCAAACUCCUCAACUUUUGUGCCGUCUCUGUCUCUGGCUCCUUGGCCUACGCUCAACUUCUUUUCCAUUGCAUUGAUAACCCACAAACUCAGGCUUGGAACUCCAUUAUCAGAGGUUUCGCCAAGAGCCCUUCUCCUAUCCAAGCCAUUCUAUACUACAAUGACAUGGUCUUCGCUUUGGUUGCUCGGCCCGACACUUUCACCUUCUCGUUUGUUCUCAAGGCCUGCGAGAGAGUUACGGGGGAGAGAAAGUGCAGAGAAGUCCAUGGGACAAUAAUAAGAUGUGGAUAUGAGAGUGACGUUGUUGUUUGUACUAAUCUUCUUAGGACGUACGCGCUAAAUGGGUCCAUUGAUCUAGCACAAAGGGUGUUUGAUAGUUUGUCUGAAAGAGACCUGGUUUCUUGGAAUUCAAUGAUUUCGUGCUAUUCGCAGGCUGGGUUUCACCAUGAGGCAUUGAAGGUAUACGAUAGGAUGAAGAAUGAGACUACCGGCCUUGAUGGAUUUACACUUGUUGGGUUGCUGUCCUCUUGUGCUCACGUAGGUGCAUUGAAUUUUGGGGUUCAUUUGCAUGGCAUUGCUCUUGAAGAGGGGUUUGUGGAAAAUAUUUAUGUUGGAAAUGCACUAAUCGAUAUGUAUGCAAAAUGUGGUAGCUUGGAUGAUGCUCUUCAUGUCUUCAAUAGCAUGCAGAAGCGGGAUGUUUUUACAUGGAACUCAAUUAUUGCUGGGUGUGGAGUGCACGGUCGUGGGGAUGGAGCAGUCUCUAUCUUUAGGCAGAUGUUGAUGGCAGGAGUUCAACCAAAUUCCAUUACAUUCACUGGUUUGUUGUGUGGAUGUAGUCACCAAGGUUUGGUUGAGGAGGGUGUUGAAUAUUUCCACAUGAUGAGCUCCAAGUUCAAUUUGAAGCCUGGAGUUAAGCAUUAUGGAUGCAUCGUAGAUUUGUUUGGACGAGCUGGGAAGCUUGAGAAGGCACUUGAAAUAAUAGAGACUUCUCCAACACCAGAUGAUCCAGUCCUAUGGCGAAUUUUGCUUGGCUCUUGUAAGAUUCACAAGAAUGUGAAAAUAGGAGAAACUGCCAUGAGGAAUCUGAUGCAGCUUGGGGAAUCAACUGGAGGGGACUGUAUAUUGCUUUCUACAAUUUAUGCUGGAGCCAAAGAUACUGCUGGUGUAUCAAAGAUGAGAAAAUUGAUUAAAAGCCAAGGAAUGAAAACAACCCCAGGUUGGAGCUGGAUUGAAGUUGGUGAUCGUAUUCAUAAAUUUGUCGUGGAUGACAAGUCCCAUCCUGGUUACAAUGAAAUUUAUCACAAACUGAGAGAAGUAAUCCACCAGGCUACCUUGUUUGGUUAUGUGCCAGAGGAAUCUUUUAUCAAUGUGGCUGGAUUGAUUACCGAAGAGUGCCUGGAAACUUCCACAUCAUAUCAUAGCGAGAAGCUGGCAAUUGCUUUCGGGUUGGCAAAAACUUCAAAAGGAACACCUUUACGAAUUGUAAAGAAUUUAAGAGUUUGUAGAGAUUGCCAUUCGUUUACGAAAUACAUUUCGAGAGCAUUUAAUCGGGAAAUAAUUGUUAGGGACCGAGUUCGUUUCCAUCACUUCAAAGGAGGACUUUGUUCUUGUAAAGAUUACUGGUGAUGACUGAUGAUACUCGUUGACUUUUCCCCUGUAAAAUAUCGCAGCCCAGUGCCAAUACCUUAGAAUCUAGAAGGCCACAUCAUUGUGUUACAGUUUAUAAACAAUUAUGAUGUGAUUCAUUGUUUCACAUGCAAACAGGUCAUUUGGGAUUUGUUCUUGUGAACGGGUUACAUUUCUCACCCGAGAAAGUGGUUUCACAUGCUAACAGGUCAUUUGGGAUUCGGAGAAUUUCUUGCUUUUUCGCCCUUUGAAUGAUGUCUGAAGGAUCAAACUGACAGAUGUGAUUCAUUGAACCAGGGUGGAUGGUUUGCG